AUGGCCAAGAUUGGCGAUCAAGAGAAUAAGGUUAAGCCGGCUCAGGUCAGCUAUGAGGUUAAAGUUGAAAUUCCUGACGACGAUGAUAACUCUCGAUUCAGUUGGGGCAAAUUGUGGAGGUUCACUGGACCAGGAUUCCUCAUGAGUAUCGCUUAUUUAGACCCCGGAAAUAUAGAAGGUGAUCUUCAAGCUGGCGCUGUAGCACAAUACAAGUUGAUAUGGGUACUUCUACUUGCUCACAUUCUCGGGUUGUUACUUCAAAGAUUAGCUGCUAGAAUUGGGGUUGUGACUGGAAAGCAUAUGGCUGAGAUCGCUCAUGGAUAUUAUCCACGUGUGCCUCGAUUGAUUCUCUGGAUUAUGGUUGAGAUAGCUAUUAUUGGAUCAGAUAUGCAGGAAGUUAUUGGUACAGCUAUAUCCUUAUAUCUUCUCUCUAAUACGAAAAUUCCAUUAUGGGCCGGUGUACUGAUCACCAUCAGUGAUACAUUCACUUUCUUGUUUUUGGAACGGUAUGGAAUCCGAAAAUUUGAAGGAUUCUUCUGUUUCUUAAUCUCUCUUAUGGCUAUAGCCUUCGGUUUCGAGUUCGUCAAAUCAGCCCCACCAGCGGGUCCACUAUUCGAGGGAAUGGUUCUACCCUGGUGUACUCAUUGCGAUUCUAAUCAGUUAAUGCAAGUUGUAUCUAUUAUUGGAGCUGUUAUCAUGCCCCAUAACUUCUACUUACAUUCCGCUCUUGUAAAAAGCAGAUCCGUAGAUAGAAAAAAAACCAAAAAGAUCAGCGAAGCCAACUUCUACUUCUUCAUCGAGUCCGCAAUCGCUCUUUUCUGUUCAUACUGGAUCAACUUCCUUGUCAUUGCUGUUUUUGCUAACGGACUUUACGGAAAGACCAACGCUGACGUGCUUAACACUUGUCAAAAUACCCACAACGGAAUGCCCAACUUCUACAAGAGUGUAUACUCGAACGAUACGCAAGAAGCCACUGCUGACAUCUAUCACGCUGGAAUAUUCUUAGGAUGCACUUUCGGUGUAGCUGCUUUAUACAUUUGGGCUAUCGGAAUCAUGGCGGCUGGACAGUCUUCAACAAUGACUGGAACCUAUGCAGGACAAUUCGCCAUGGAGGGUUUCGUUCAAAUCAAGAUUUCAACAUGGAAGAGAGUUCUGAUCACUAGAACCUUAGCUAUCGCUCCCACUUUAGUUGUAACCAUAUUUAGUAGAGGAAUUGAUAGUAUUUCUGGUUUGAAUAAUACUUUGAACUGUGUACAGAUGGUUCAAUUGCCGUUUGCUGUAAUACCAGCUCUGACGUUCGUUUCUGAUCGCCGACUCAUGCAAGAUUUCAGAUGUGAUAGUUAUCAGAAGAUAGGUGCCAUCAUAGCCUCUCUCGUUAUUUUAAUAAUCAACUUCUUCUUCUUCUUCCAAACAAUUAAUGAUACUUUUGGAUUCACGGCGUUAUCCAUUCCGUUGACUCUUGUCUUCGUCAUCGUAUAUCUUACAGCUAUUCUUUAUCUCUUCUACUACUGCCUAGUUGCUAUGGAAUACAUUUCUCCCUGGAAUGUGUCCUGGCUGCCAUCACCAAAAUAUGAACAAUUUGAUACUCCUUGGGUUGACGAGCAUAAACCAGCUAUCACUUCAUCACAGUUUGAUGAAAAUUCUGAUAAACCACAAAGCUAUUAA